AUGCCGCAGGAGAGUAUUGCAGAAAGGGAAAAUAAUAGGAAGAGGAAAAAAAAAAAAUCAAGAAAUAUUAAGUAUAAUGAGAACAAAAAGAAGGGGAAAUCGAAGAGAUGCGAGGAAGAAGACAAGCAGUUGUACAAGGAUCAAGUAGAAGAAAUUUUAGCGCUUAAUCAUAUUUACUUCCCGAUAUAUGUAGAAAAUGCUGGACACGUGAAAGAAGGCGAUCUACCGAAGGAAUUGAUGAGAAAGGAGGAAUUUAUAAAAAAGAACAAGGAGUUGUGUUCGAGUGUACUUAUUGAUAUGAAUGAUGAAAUAAAUUUAAAUAAUUGCUUAAAGUUUUGUAUCUUUUUUAAUUAUGACACAUCUUUUCCAAAAUAUAAAGUGCUGUUUUGUUGUGAUAAUAAAUACCCUUAUUCGUAUCCAAAUAUAACCAUAUAUACAAAUAAUGCACUAAGUGAGCAACAAACAAAUUAUAUCAGUUCAAAUAUAAAAAUGAUAUGCGCAAAAAAUUAUGGACGAAUUACUUUAUUUGAUGUAUGUAUUUUUUUAAAUGAAUAUUUAAAUAUAAGGUUAAGUGAUGGUUUUAAGAGCCUAUGGGAAGAAAUGAAUCAUAGACUAGAUGAUAGUUUAAAUUCUAAGGAGGGUGAACACUCAAGCAAUGAUAAUACGCGUGAAUGUGCUAAUAAUAAAGAUGCAUUGUUUGGUGUUCAUUACGUACAAGAGGGGAAUACUCAAAGGUUAGACGGUGUGGAAGAUGGAAACGGUACGGGUAACGAGGGUAACACAGACUAUGAGGAUGAUAUAGACCAUAUAGACGAUUUGCACAAUGUGCACGGUACAUGCUAUACUGCAGAUACAACAUAUGGUAACAUAAACAUCAACAAGAAUAGUAGCAAUUGUAGUGUUAUACGUAUUAUUAAUUCUCGUACAGAAGAGAACUAUAUUUUGAACAUGCACAAUUUUAGUAGUAUCUCAGGUUUUUGCUCUUUAAACAGUUAUAUUGGAAGUGAUAACUUGAAUGGUAGAAAAAGAAUAAAACGUGAAAAGAGAGUAAUAGUUAACGGUGAUAAUGAGAAGAAAAAAAAGGAACAAGAGGAAUUAAAUUUGAAUGAACUUCCCAAAAUUUACCCUGAACAAAGUUUAAUAAUAAAAAAACAUUCAUACAAUAAUAUUAAAAAUUUUCAUAUAAUUAAAAAAGUACCUAUUAGUUAUUACAAAAAUAUGCUUAUAGGAAAACAUAUUGUAGAUACUAAUUUAUAUGUUAUUUAUACAUAUGUAACUUUAAAUCUUUUUCAUUUUUUAACUUUUUUUUUGAACCAUAUUUUAUUUUGUAGUAGGGGGUAUAACCUAUUUUGUAACAUUUUAAACGAUAAAAAAAAAAAAGGAAAAAAUAACAAAAAAAAAAAUGAACAACUUUUGCAAGAUUUUAUAAAUGAUAUAUUAUAUAAUACUUAUAGUGAUAAGAGUAAAUACAAAAUAAUUGAUUUCUCAUCUAUUAAUUAUUUUUGUAAUGAGUACCAAUAUUAUGCUAAAAAAAAAUGUAUUCUGAACAUUGCAAGAAAUGAAAAAAGUUUAUUUCAAAUUCUGAAUGACUUAGAUUUUGCUCGUUUAAAAAAGAUCAUUAAUCAUUACAAGAUAAUUCAGAAAAUGAAUUUAAAAAGAAUUCUUAGGGAGCUAGCCAGAUUAUCAAAAAUUCAACACAAAUAUUUAGCUAGGUAUCAUAUAUCAUGGAUACAAAAAGAAGAAGAGGCUCUUCUAAAUGAGGAAAUAAUUGAACAGGGAAACAUGCACAAAAUUAUAGAGUUAAUGAAGAUUCUAAUUUUAUGCAGGGCUUCAGAGAAGUCCGAUCUUGUAGAAGAGCAGACACGAGUUGUAUCUUCCUCUUUUAGUGGUUCUACCAAGAAAAUGGAGGAGCCAGUGCAGCAGAUUAGCAGUGUUAGAAGCGGUGGUAGAAGCGGUGGUAGAAGUGGUAGUAGAAGUGGUAGUAGAAGUGGUAGUGGAUCUAGCAGCGUCUGUAACGGUGAAGGCAAGAGAAAAGGUAAACGGCGGGGGAAAAAGCGUAAAGACAAAAAGGGAAGUGCACACAGGAGCACACGCACACCAAAAGGAAACGAAAACAAUUUAAACGAUGCUCAUUCGUUACAUGGUAGUGGUAACUGGGACCAUUUUAGACACGAUAAGAAUUCUACUACAAACGAACAGAAGGUGCGUAGAUUAGCAGGGGGAAAGCAAAAUGAAUCUUCUACAUAUCAUGCUAAGGAAAAUGAAAGUAGAGAAGAAUAUGACAAGAGAUACGACAAAAUUUUAAGCAAAAGAAAAGGAAUUUUGCCUUUUUUAAAAAAAGGGAACACAAAACAUUAUAAUUAUGAAAAUAGCAAUUAUUCCUCUGAGGAUAUGGAAAAAGUGAAAUAUAUUGAAAAUUUGCUAAAGAAAAAAGAAAAGAAAUAUAAAGUAUUAUAUGUACCAUGCGAAUAUUGCAAAGGACAAAUACUGGAAAAAGAAAUUGAGAGAAAUUUUUUUCAAAAUAAUAAGUAUCUUAUAUGGAAUGUGUUUAGACAAAUUUUAGAAUCCGUAAGUUAUUUACAUAGGCGAAAUAUAUAUGUCAAAAAUUUGAAUACGCAAAAUAUGUACUUAGAUAAUGAUGAGUAUGGGGCACAUAUCAAAAUUGUAAAUUAUAGUGUGUGUGAUAUGAUUGAUUACAUUUACUUUUAUCAAUACUCGUAUAACCAUAGAGGGUCCUCUUACUUUUCCAGUAUGAUGAAAGAGCUUUAUAAUAGUCUGGAAAUUGCCAGUGAUAGUGACAAAAGGGAAGACAAGGUUGAUGCGCAGUUUGGAAUGGACAAAGGUAAGGAGGGGCAGUCAAAGGAAGGGUGUGAGAGUUCCUCUGAACAUGCGGGAGAGAGAAGCAGAAGGAGGGAAAAAGAUAACACGGGUCAUGGUGGAAAGGUCAAAAAAAGGAAUUGGCGUUUUUUUGAAAAUUACUGGAAAACUUAUGCAAAAAAAAAAUUAAUGGAUGAUGAUAGGAAUCAUAAUAGUAGUACAAGUGACAAACCAAAAGAAUACGAAGAAUUUUACAUGUAUUCUUAUAAUCAAUAUUUUUAUAGUAGUUUGAAUAAGAAAAAAUAUGAUUAUGAGGAGCUGGAUAUGUUCUCCCUAGGACUAGUGCUAUACGAAUUAUUGCACGAACCAUUCAAAACAAAUAAAGAGAAAUUACAGCAUAUAAAAAAUAUGAUUGACACAAAAUCCUUUUUGGAUAAUUUUACCAUAUAUGUAGAUAAUAACGCAUUAAAAGUUUUAAAGUAUAUUUUUAUUAACACCAUUAAUUAUCAAACUGGUGAGAGCAUAGAAACGUUAAAAUAUUCAAACAUACCAAAUAUACCAAGCGUAGCAAAUAAAUCAGGCGUACCAAAUAUGUCAAAUGUUAGUCUCGAAAUUGAGGGUAUGGACCCAGAACAGUUGGAAGAACAAAAUGGUAAGAACAAAAAAAGUAUUAGUAAGAAAAGGAAUAUGAUUGUUUAUAAUUAUAGAAAAGAAAUUGUAAAAUGUAACGAUAGAUUUAAUAUGAUGCGAAAAUAUAAAAAAGAGGAUUCUGAAAUAUUCUUAGAGAAUACUGAAGAUAUUAAAUUAUUUCUAAAAGAUAAAUUAGAUUCAAAAUGUGCUAAAAGGAGGUCUGAUCGUACAGCAGAAUGGGACACAUCGAAUGAAUAUUUAGAUAACUUAAAAAAUGCAUCUAAUUUUGUGAAACAGCAAAAUACAAAUAAACCAAAUAAUUCUUAUUUAAGAAAUUCUAGUGCUACACAGGUUAAAAAUAAUUUAGUCAAUAAUAAUAGAAGAGGAAGUGUAAAGGAAAGGGACUUCUUUGCAAGUGAUGACGAUUAUGGUGUAAAUGAAAAUAAUAAUAAGGGCGUCUUUUCCCUUCCUCCGAGCAAUAACAUUAAAAAUGAUCAUUGUACGGGAAACAUGGAUUUUAGAAAUGUGCAUAAUGUGAAAAGGAGGCAUAAUGGUAAUGCUACACAUGUUGGUAGAACUGACAAGCGUAAACUUAACAAUUGCAGCAAUGGGAGGGCCAUGCUAAAUAAUGGAAUGAAGAGUGGUACAAGGGGCGGCCAAAAUAAUGGAAAAACUAGCGGCCUGUCCAGUGGUAUAAAGAGUUUUCCCCCAAACGGUGGAACACUCGCCGGUGGCAUAGCAAACAAAGUGGGAACGACCGUUAGAACUAGUAAUGUCAAACAUGAAAACAUCAAUACUAAUAAUAUCAGUGGUAUCGAUGAAACCAUGAGAGUACACAAAAUAACAGCAGAGUGUUUGCUGAAGUGUCCGUUAAUACCUAUAGUAAUACAGAGAGAUUUAUUUAAAAAUUUUUUACAAAAAUUAAAAAUUAAUUCUUCUAUCGAAUGCACAAAUAUUUUGAAUGUUUUAUUGUAUAGUAAUAAUAUAUCGAAGGCUCUACCUUUUGACAGAAACAGUAAUACAUACCUUUAUAUGAACACAUGUACAUAUGAAUAUGAUGUUAUUAAUAGUUAUAUAUUUGAAUAUUUCCAUGUGGUUUUAUCGAAGAAAUAUUCUUCUUAUAACCAGCCUCUCGUUUUUCAAUUAUUAACAGAAAAAACUAAAUUAAAUUAUGAUAACACAACUGACAAUAAUGUUUUGCAAAAAUUGCCCAUCAAAUUUAUAAAUAAAAUGCAUGUACUUAGAAACAAAACAGGGAAGGAAAAUAAUAAGAUGGAUUGUUCAAAUUAUGAAAAAUUAAAAAUUAGGAAAAUGAUUUUUAAUGAUAAUUAUGAAAUAUUAUCAAAAAAUGUAAUUUUAAAAAAAAAAAAAAAUGAUCAAGGUGUUAGGUACUCUCUGGAUUCCCUAUUUAGGAGGGGCUCUUCUAAAUUGAAAAAAUUUAAGGGAAGGUACGAGCACAAGAGGGGAAUCCCUCAGGAAGUAGCUUCAAAUGGGCAAGUAAAGGACAGUGGAGAUACAAGCGGCACGGAUGAAUGUGGAAGAGGUUUAUCAAAAAAGAAAAAUGGUGGUCAUAAGGAGGAGCUCAGAGAAGGAAGAGGCAUCAUCGAUAACGUACAUUUGCGAGAGAAUGCAAUUAACAAUAAUUUGUCUACAGAUAGCAAAAGGAGCUUGAAAAAUAUAAAAAAAGCAAAACAGUCAAAUGAGGAUGUAUUAAAUAAUAAGGAUUUAUUAUUAGAAACGAAAAACGCAGUAGGGGAAGAGAAACGUUGUAAUAUAUUAAAUAGAUUUAACCAGAGAAUUACUUUUAUUGAUAAAAAUAAUAAACUAUUGUAUAUGCCAUUUUGCCUUACAGAAGCAUAUGUGAAUUUAAUUCCACAUUAUAUGUAUAAUAAAAAUGUAACAAGCUCUUUUUCCUUUUUUCAAAAUUAUUUUUUGAAGAAUGAUAAAGAGAAAAUUAUACAGAGAGAAAAUAGUAUUAUAUAUAAUAAUGUAAUGACAGUUGAUGAUAAAAAGAAAAUAUACUUCACCAUUCAUGGAUGUAAUAAUAAAUAUAGUAAUAAUGUCAACAAUGAUAAUGAAUAUACAGAAGUAAAUAUUUCUCUUUGUAUAUAUCAGCUAAUUACCUUAUACAAUAUAUUGGAUAUAUUUAACAAAUUUGAAGGUUAUUUGAAAAAGUUAAUUAUUAAAUGGUCCCUUACAGAUCUUCUUAUAUAUGUAAUCAAAGACAUAUUUGCACUAGAAAAUGAUGAAAAAACGUAUUAUAUAUAUAACCAAUUUCAAGAUAAAAAUAUGAAUUUUAAGAGUUUAAAAAAAUUGCUUUAUUUUAUGGAUGUUAAUUGUGAAGAGAACAUUUUAGAAAUUCUCUACUCAGCAAUAUUCGAAGAUAAAGAUAAUAUAAACGACAGACUGAGAAAUAUUUGCAAAAUAUACUAUAUGAUAAAUCAUAAAAAUAAAAAAUUUAUAAAGUAUAUAAUAUCAACUAUCAUUUAUUUAAAUAACCUUUUUAAUUAUUUUAAUAACGCUAAACAUUUAUUUGUUUGGGAUUUUUUUAUGAACAAAUAUCAACAAAUAUUUGCAUUCUCUCUGGUCUUUAAUAUCUAUUCUCAAGCAGAUGAACAAAAUUUAUUAUCCUUUGGCGGUGUAUCAACUGAUGUCUUUUCCAACCCAGAACAAAUUUCAUCCAAAACCAUUUAUAACUUUGUCUUUGAGAUUUUUGUAGACUCCAUUUCGAAGAUUAUGUUUCAAGAGGUAAGAAGGAACAAUUAUUCCGACAUGCCCAUCGACUUUCACUCGCCGAGUGUUGUUAUUACGACCAAGGCCCACAAGUUGCUGGUAUACGCUUUUUCCUUGUACAACAACUUGAUUCAGAAGAACAUUCGGUGCGAAUGCAAAAUAACGCCGGUCAUUGAAACGUUCAAAUUUGAGCAAGGCCUCUUGAGGUACAACAACAUAAACAUCCAUGUGCAGAUAAACCAAAGGAUGAACUCAAGCACAUCCAUAAAUAUAGAAGACUAUGAAGACACGGUGGAGAAUAUAACAUCAAAUGUUAUUAGUGAGGGCCACAUGAACAUUAUAUACAGUACUCAUAUAUUAAGAUUAAAUAUCAAAAAGAAUUUUGAAAAUGAAUCCUCCUUAAUAAAUUAUAUAAAACAGUUUUAUGCCAAAAAGUGA